CCCACGCGUCUCUCCUGGAGGAUUCCCGACAGCAGCUCCGCCCUGCCUAGCGGAGGAGGCUAGAUGUUCAAGCUCUCCCCAGAUCUACCUUCGGGGUGAACAGGCUGCGUUGGUGAGGGUAUGGCUUGGAAUUAGUUAGAUCCUUGGGUCCACAACAGCCUCACCAGUUUUGUCUCUCACAACCUUUGAACUGUUGGAGAUCCGGGCUCGGAACCCUGGGAACACGCGUGCGCAGUACGUCCUGUUCAGCCGCCCUGGGGGCCGUGGACGGUCGAACCACCUGAAUAUCCUCCUGGGUGCAGGGGGCCUCCCUCCCAGUAUGACCUGAUGAUGCACCUGCAAAGGCACUAUGGCAAGGCAGUGUAUGCCUCCUCUUCUUGGGAAGUUCUCAUGGCAGUGAUGGGACUUGAAGAAGACAUCUGACAGCUUCAGGGACAAGGAGAAACACAGACAUCAUUACCUGCAGACCCCUUGAGUUUUCUUCCAGUUCCUGAGGGCUGUGGAUAGCAGCUUCGAACAUCUUUCAGGCCCAGAGCCAAAAGCAGAGCUUCAAGACUAUAGGAAACCAAACAGCUCUACAAUCAUUCAAGGAAUGACCGACGCUGCACUUCAUGAUUCGGGACGGGAAGCAUCUGAAAGACGAUUUCAAAGGAAGCAGAUGACACUUGCACGGGACUGCAUUUUGGUCUAUGCUCAAAGUGAUGAAGUUGAUUUGCAUCAUUCUGCCACUAACGCUGAAGCGUCCUGCUCCUGGAAACCCCAGCCAGAGAUGCGGAGUUUACCGAGAGAGGACUCCGCGGAGCGCUGCCAUAAAUUCAAAACUAACUAUCGGGGCAGGCAAUCGCUUCGAGAGAGGGACGGAACGUGGGACCCGGGGAGCCCCGCACCCCUCGCCUGGAAAGGACUGGUCAAGUGCCUUCUCCCUCCUCCCCGAGUCGGAAGUGAAUGUCACCUGCAGGUCUGCCCCACUCUCUGGGCGCUUCCCCCUCCUCUGCCCAGUUUGGACAGUGUCUAGUGACCGGUUUCAGCUCCGGCCGUCUUCGGGCUCCAGGCUGCAACCCCCCGCCCCGCUCCGGGAAUCGCGUCCCCUCCCCCGUGGUCCCCGCCCCCUCCAAGCUCUGCCGGGCGCUGAUUGGCGGCGGCGCUGACAGGAGGCGGGGCCUGGAAGUCCCGGCCAAACCCGCCCUCGCGUAUAAGCGCCUUCUCGGCUCUCUCUCUCUCCAUCUCUCUCCUCUCUUUCUCUCUCGCUCCCUUCCUCCCUGUAACUGAACAGUGAAAAUUCACUGGAUCCGCUAACAGGCACAGAUGUCAUGUGAAAACGCACAUGCUCUGCCAUCCACACCGCCUUUCUUCCUUUUCUGUUUCCUUUUCUUCCCCCCCUUGCUCCUUCUCCUUCUUUGUAACUAACAAAACCACCACCAACUCCUCCUCCUGCCGCUGCUGCCCUUCCUCCUCCUCCUCAGUCCAAGUGAUCACAAAAGAAAUCUUCUGAGCCGGAGGCGGUGGCAUUUUUAAAAAGCAAGCACAUUAGAGAGAAAGGAAAAAGAAAAAAAAGAAAAAAAAAAACAAAAAACAAAAGCAAAACAAAACCCAGGCACCAGCCAGACAGCCCAUUUUUUUUUUUCCACCCUUCCUGAAAACAACCAAACAACCAUCAAAACAGUCAUCACCACCAUCAUCAAAACUGUUAACAUAGCAGCGGCGGCGGCGGCAAACGUCACCCUCUGGCCACGGCGUCCGCCUAAAGGGAUGGUUUUCUCGGCGGAGCAGCUCUUUGCCGACCACCUUCUUCACUCGUGCUGAGCAGGAUUUUUGGGCUCUCCGGGGUUCGGGCUGGGAGCAGCUUCAUGACUACGCGGAGCGGGAGAGCGGCCACACCAUGCGAGCACAAAUUGAAGUGAUACCAUGCAAAAUUUGUGGCGAUAAGUCCUCCGGGAUCCACUACGGAGUCAUCACGUGCGAAGGCUGCAAGGGAUUCUUCAGGAGGAGCCAACAAAACAAUGCCUCUUACUCCUGCCCAAGGCAGAGAAACUGUUUAAUCGACAGAACCAACAGAAACCGUUGCCAACACUGCCGACUGCAGAAGUGUCUUGCCCUCGGGAUGUCGAGAGAUGCUGUGAAGUUCGGGAGGAUGUCCAAGAAGCAGAGGGACAGCCUGUACGCCGAGGUGCAGAAGCACCAGCAGCGGCUGCAGGAGCAGCGGCAGCAGCAGAGCGGGGAGGCGGAAGCCCUCGCCAGGGUCUACAGCGGCAGCAUCAGCAACGGCCUGGGCAACCUGAGCAACGAGGCCGGCGGCGCCUACGCCAACGGACACGUCAUCGACCUGCCCAAGUCCGAGGGCUAUUACAGCGUGGAUUCCGGCCAGCCGUCCCCUGAUCAGUCAGGACUUGACAUGACUGGAAUCAAACAGAUAAAGCAAGAACCUAUCUAUGACCUCACCUCCGUACCCAACUUGUUUACCUAUAGCUCUUUCAACAACGGGCAGCUAGCACCCGGGAUAACGAUGACUGAAAUCGAUCGAAUUGCACAGAACAUCAUUAAGUCCCACCUGGAGACGUGUCAGUACACCACGGAGGAGCUGCACCAGCUGGCAUGGCAGACCCACACCUACGAGGAAAUUAAAGCCUAUCAGAGCAAGUCCAGGGAAGCACUAUGGCAGCAAUGCGCCAUCCAGAUCACUCACGCCAUCCAGUAUGUGGUCGAGUUUGCAAAGCGGAUAACGGGCUUCAUGGAGCUCUGUCAAAAUGAUCAGAUUCUACUUCUGAAGUCAGGUUGCCUGGAAGUGGUUUUAGUGAGAAUGUGCCGUGCCUUCAACCCAUUAAACAACACUGUUCUGUUUGAAGGAAAAUAUGGAGGAAUGCAGAUGUUCAAGGCCUUAGGUUCUGAUGACCUAGUGAAUGAAGCAUUUGACUUUGCAAAGAAUUUGUGUUCCUUGCAGCUGACUGAGGAGGAGAUUGCUUUGUUCUCAUCUGCUGUUCUGAUAUCUCCAGACCGAGCCUGGCUGAUAGAACCAAGGAAGGUCCAGAAGCUUCAGGAAAAAAUUUAUUUUGCACUUCAACAUGUGAUUCAGAAGAAUCACCUGGAUGACGAGACCUUGGCAAAGUUAAUAGCCAAGAUACCAACCAUCACGGCGGUCUGCAACUUGCACGGGGAGAAGCUGCAGGUAUUUAAACAAUCACAUCCAGACAUAGUGAAUACACUCUUUCCUCCAUUGUACAAGGAGCUCUUUAAUCCUGACUGUGCCACCGUCUGCAAAUGAAGGCAACGAGAGAACUGUCUCCUAGUCGUGGAAUGCGUCACCAUUAAGACAAAAGCAAUGUGUUCAUGAAGACUUAAGAAAAAUGUCACUACUGCAACAUUAGGAAUGUCCUGCACUUAAUAGAAUUAUUUUUCACCGCUACAGUUUGAAGAAUGUAAAUACGCACCUGAGUGGGGCUCUUUUAUUUGUUUGUUUUUGAAAUGACCAUAAAUAUACAAAUAUAGGACACUGGGUGUUAUCUUUUUUUUUAAUUUUAUUUUAUUCGGGUAUGUUUUGGGAGACAACUGUUUAUAGAAUUUUAUUGUAGAUACGUACAAGAACAGAGCGGUACUUUACAUGAUUACUUUUCCUGCUAAUUGUUCAAAUAUAAUUUAAGAAAAUUCCACUUAAUAGGCUUACCUAUUUCUAUGUUUUUAGAUAGCUGAUGCAUGUGUAAAUUUGUAGCUGUCUUGGAAAGCACUGUGCAUGUAUGUAAUAAGCAUAUAAUAUCUGAGAAUAUUAUAUAUGACUAUUACUUAUACAUGCACAUGCACUGUGACCUAAAAUCCCAUACAUACUAACAAAGGAGGUUCAGUCAGGCUCUCUUAUAUUAUUUACCUUCUGUGUUAUAUGUUACCUUUAUGUUAGACAAUCAGGAUUUUGUUUUCCCAGCCAGAAUCUUCAACUAUCGUCGAUGGCAGGAUGGUACCAAUUCAGAGAUAACGUCUACAAAGGAAUAAAUAUAAUGCACGGCCUCUGUAUAAGAACUCUGUUUCUAUCAAUGACAUCAAAGCCUUGUCAGGAUGGUAAAUAUCGGCGGGUGGGGGGGGUGGGGGGAAUAUUUGGAGCCAUUUUCCUGUUUUAAGAAUUCGGCCACAGAUAAUGUUGUGGAGUCCAGGACUUUUUUGACCAAUCACUAUUUCCUAUUUUUCGCCAGGAUACAUAAAACACUUUUUUUUUUCCUUUGGAUUUCAAGUGGGUAAAGAAACUGAUUUUGGUGCUCACUGUGUUGUCACCAGAGAAAUGCAGUCUGUAGGUUUGACCACCAGCAAUUUUUUUCUAAUAAAAUUAGAGUCACAGAGGAAACCAGGACCCAGGGCCCCGAUGCCAUUUCAUGUAGACAUUUUUUCUCUAACCUGUUGUGUCUGGGUUUGAUAUUUUUUGUUUUUUGAGGGUUUUUUUUGUUUUGGGGGGCUUUUUUUGGCAACGAGGUAGAAAGAGCUUGGUUCUUUAUAUUGACUCUCUUUGCUACAUUUGUUAGAAAAAGCAGCAAUAAAAGGGGAGGCAGGAUUUGAUAUGUCCUUCUAGCGGGGGGGGGGUCCUCUAAUUUCUCUCAACUCCAAAGUCCUGUACUAUAAACACAGAGCAAGAACUCGACAGAUAACGAAAACACAUCGGAGUUAUUCCGUAGAACUAAUACACCCCAAAGCCCAAACUAUUUCCUAUGCAGUUUGCAAUUAGAUCAUCCGUCUGGCCUGGGAUUCUUUCUUUUAGCAACUUGUCAAAAACACAGACUACAAGAGGGGAUAUGAGGCUUGGAGUAUUAAGACUUCCUAGUAUGUCUCACCUCUCCACCUGCUCCCCAAGCAAACUGAAUACGAGAAAAGCAUAAAUCCCAAGCAGCUUGUUCUGCCUGUGCUCCAGAGGCCCUAUGCCUUUGGUCUUAGCCGAUCCAAAAUUAAGAGUUUUUAAAAAGGAAGCCGGAGCAGAGCCUCACGCAACACAGUGACAUUCACGCUCUCCUGUGAGUAAAGCCCAGCAGCCAGCUCCCGAGGACCCGCCCUUUUCUCCUCGUCAAACACACACACGCACACCUGCUCGGUAUAGUUUCCAUCGGUGGAAACCUUGAUUUCCUUUUAAUCUCUGACGCUCUCCUGAAGUUACGUGGUCUUGAGAGCUGUCUCCGCAAGGCCACAAAACCCCUCGUUGAUGAUCAGACAGUAGUGCUGGUCUUUUCUGUAGAAAACAGAGCCUUUUCCCACCUCAUGAUUGAUGAAUGCUAAACCAAUGGGGAAAAACAAAAAGGCUUUAAAAUAAUGACUCUCUUUCUCAACUACUGUUAUAUUCAAUUAAUUUAACUACAUUGAACCAAAUUACCUUCGGUGUCUAAGAAGACAGCUGCAGACUGCUUAUUAUGUGGCUGUAGAGACUCAGUUCUUUUUGGUGUAAAUGUCACUCCUGCUAGCUCUUUGUAUAAAGAAUUAAUUCCAAGAGUCAUAUUUCCUUCUAAUGGAAAGAUUACUUUACUGAUUGCUAGGAAAACAGGGUAAUGGAAGGCGCUCAAUUAAACCAAGCCGUUUCCAAAUGCAAUGUAUGUUUUAUGAUUGGCUUGUGAUAGGCAAUGCUCAACGUGUCUGCUUGGUGUUUCCCUUUGAGCUUUGAACUUAUGUCAAACUUUGUUUUCAUUGUUCUGUUGGCCUAGUGUUUUCCAUCGUCCGCCUGUAAUUCCCGCUCAGUUGCAAAGGGAAUCGUUUGUUUCCUCCAAUUUACCUUAGAGGGUUUAAAUUGGUUCUGUUGAUGAAGUGGCUGAGAAUUUUUUCCUCCCUGCCCCAUGGGUGAUGUAGGAAAAGGAUUGCUCCCCACAUUUGCCUCAGGAGGUACUCGAUUUGAAUGUGUUUGUCGUUUCUACUAGUGCAAGCAUUUCACUGGGACCGCAUGAACCUUUUGAAGCUAGGGGACAGGAAACAGCUAGCGACCGAACCAGAACAAAACAGUGGAAACGAGUACACGCUCAGCCCACUUCGGUUGAGAAAAGAGAUUUCCAUCUUUCGCCACAGUUGCCAAAUCUGUCCGUUAAAAGACCACCAAUCACAUUUUCAGUGGUAACGACAAACGCCUUGAAAAGCUGCCUUUUUGAACAUCUCCUGUGACUACAUCUCGAGGUGUUUUGAAAUUUUGCUAAGAUCGCCUUUCCUUACCACAUGCAAUCUCUGUCCCUUCCCUACGAAGACUCACAAAUGUUCACCACACCUUCAUGGUAAAACGGGCACUGGAAGAAAGAACCCGUGAUCUGUACGUUUCACUUCUUGCUUCGUAAAUGACAAUCACUGCUUGGCACAGAUAUUGCACUGUAACCACUCAGGGAUGUUUCAUUAAAAAAAAAAGAAAAAGAAAAAAAAAAGAAGGAGGGGGGAAAAAAAACAGGAAAAUGACAACAAAACGUAAAUGGCACAAAUUAAAUACGCCAGGGAGAGAACCUCUCUGACAAGGCUUUCAGAACAGUAGGCAGUAACUUUGUGUUGUUAACUGUUUGGACUUGUUGAAAAGUUGCACAUGAAUAAGGACAACUUAGUCUCAUUUUCUGAAAUCUGCUAAGAGCCAAAUAAUCCAGCUACCCUAUUAAUAGGAAUAUGUCUCUCCCAAGCAGCCCCCAGCUUCCUGUACAAGUCCUGAGCAAGGAAAAUAAGAAACCGGAGUGGCAUUACCUGAAUCUGACAAGGGAGGUAAAGCUGUGUGAAUUCAAAUUCCACUGUGAUUCUGGAGGGAAUGCAGGAGAAGAAGGGAUUCCAGAUUUGGUUUCAUAUGCCACACAAACUCCUACUGUCCGUGACUUGGGUCAUCUUUGUGUCCCUUAUUCUGUGGCUCUUUUUUCCCCAGAGACUGAAAGCUGAGAGUAGAGGUGUCCCUUACAAGCAUACCCUUUCUGGAUUUCCCUUGUUGAAAUACUGGUCUUCAGGACUCUGGAAUAAAGGACCACAGUGUAGGCAUACACAGAGAAUGUGGUGGUCUCUUGGGUAAUUCAACUUCUUGGACACAAUCUGUGACACCCUAAAUCACAGUCAACUCUGGACAUGAAUAAGAGAUUCCGGGGAGACACCCAUACAUUUCCUAUCGUAGCUGCCUUGUUCGACACAUAACUUCACAGCAGUCAAGCUAAAUUGUAGAAAACCACGCACAUGGCUAGUCAACUCACGCUCACUCUCUACAGUCCCAAGCGUACCAGGCUUGAAUGCAAAAGCGAUUCUUCCGUCCCAAGGACAACCUAAAACUUAACCAGCUUUUUUCAAAAACAUCAGUCAGAUGCAAAUGAUAUCAGUUCUGUUCCAUGUUCUUUUUUUCCAUUUAUUAUAGAAGCAAGGAAAAAUUCCACUGCUAUUGGAAAUUAGAAGAAAUAACUUUUCCCUGACUCUCUUUUCUCCAUACACUUUCGCUUCCAAUGAAGUUACUGCAAUUGGCAGUGAAUUCAGGCAAGGAUGCCUGUGCCCUGACAGAGCCACCGUUCAAUAGAACAGCCAUAACUUGAAAGUAUGCAUCUGUAGUGAAACUUUGCACAAAGCCCCCUGUAUAAAGAAGACAAAAAAGCCCACCAUCUGCUUUAGACGAAGUAGUAUUUAAUUUUCUGUUUCCAGCUGUUAAUAAAAGCAGCAACCUGAUAUGGGAAACCACAUGGGCCUUUAGACAAGAGUUGACCACCUAUUUUUGGAGGGGCAGGCAGGGGCCAGGUCUCAGGACCAGAGGCACGUGUUCCCUUAAAGCAAGGGUUAAAAAUCCAAGAGCCUAAAAGGGCCAGGGAGCCGACGCAAAUGAGCGCAAGCGGUCCAAUGGCCAGCUGGCAAGGAAAUGCCCCAUCUGAAAAGGGACAUUCGAUAUUCAGCUAAAGCACAAGUGUGGCUAAAGCUUCUGAAUCUUAUAACAUCUGUCUGGUUGUAAGUGAUGUCAGUUGAUUCAGAGCUUAAUGCAGACGAGACAAAUACAUCUCUGUGCAGAAAAAGGUUCACAGUUUGCAACCUCUGGUUUAGCACAAAAUUGAAUCCAAGGGCCUGUUUCCUGGCAGCAAGUCUGGCCAGACAGGACUCAGAAUGAAUUGGGGGGUGGGGGGGGGGGGUGGGCAGAACUCUUGCCCACUGAUACUCAAUUUGGUUUCCAUAUUUGACUAUCACUACCGGAGGACAUAGUAAGAGUUACGUUGAAAACACAGCAGUCUAAAAAUGAAGACAAUUCAUUUAACGAUGGCAUAUAAAGGACAUUUCUAUUUGCCUUGCCCAAACUCUUAGCUUCACAGAGCCAGGUGGUUAGAUUUCUUGCCACUUUUUUCUGAACGUCAAAUGCACGACUUUUACGUUUUUGAGUCUCGGUGUGUCUCUUUAAAUGUGUGGCUUCACUAUCUGUGACAAGUUUCAUUUUUCCCUUAGUCGUAUCCGCAGAAUUUAUCCUAUAGUCGUGAUAACGUAGUCCCCUCCGUGUUCUGAAGUGCGGGACCUCAGAUUCCUAUGCAACAGAUGGAGGUCAUCUGUGCACUUUUUGCCUAAGCUGCUGAGAUCCCUUCGAAGUGAAUUGGCCAUAGUAGUCUUUGCCUCCUGCAUGACUGUAAGCACGACCUCCCGUGGGUCAGAAGAAGCAGCUCAGUGAUUGUUCUCAUGGCCAAAACUAAAGCACAAGGUUACCAGAAUUGAAAAAGCCCCCAGUCGAGGGAGGCACGGGGUGUCUACACCCCAGCUGGGCAGCGCGAUCCCUGUAUGAAACCGUACUCUUCUGGCGGUAGCUGACGGAGGACAUCUGCAUGCCUCUGUCGUGACACACGUUAGGUAUGUCUGAAAAGCUACAGACCCCACACCCAAGCACAGUCCUGUCUCCUCCACCCGAGGAACCACACACACAAGAAUGAAAACCACACCCACAGAAAACUGAGUAUGUAUUGUAGAAAUGUAGAGGAAAAAUAAAAAUAUUUUUUCAAAUGUAAUUACUUUUAAUAUAUGCUUGUGGAAGGUCUAAUACAAUGUAUGCUGUCUCUGUAAUUUUUGCUGUAAAUAACUGGAGACAGUGAAUACACUGAUUUUUCUAUGUCUCUGUUUAAGCUUAAGACUUUGUAACAAUUUUUUUAGAGGGGGAAAACCAACAAAGAGCAAAUAUGUACUUGCUUCCUUUCUGCGUGUUAUGUACUUCUCAGAAACUGGUUGUAAACAGGUUAAGCAUCUUGAACGGCCAUUGGUGUCAUGUGUACACUUCUUUUUGUAAUACAGCUGAGAAAGGGACAGGGCUGUCGAUUAGAUGUGCUCCAAAGAAUUUGUACUGAAGAUUGGCCUCUAAGACCUGCAAACGCUAUCUGAACUAGACGACAUGAAAAAGGAAAGUUAAAAAGAAAACAAAAACAAAAGCAAAACAAAACAAAACAAAAAAACACAUUGCCUGAAUAAGUCAUCUUUCCUUGUAGCAAAUGGCUUUGUCCAAAUCCUUUCUGCAUGGACUAGCUUAAGGAACACAAACUCUGCUUUCUGAUGAACAAAAUAUUUUUAUACACGUUUAUUUCGUAUUAGUAGCCUGAGGUCAGAUCACUCAUUCGCUGAAGCCAUAACUGACCUUCACCAAAUAAAUGUUGUAAAGAACCUGGGGGAGGGUUAGGGGAGAGCCCAAGAGGGAGGAAGAUCGAAGGUGAUAUGAGCUCUAACAACACAGGCAGGAGCAAGUCCGAUGAACCUGAUGCUUUUCCUGCAUCCCAAAUAGGACUUUAAAAGGCUAGUAUUUUAUGAUGAUCGAUUUAUAAUAAAAAAAAAAAAGAUAUUUAGAUUUAAAUGAGACUUUCCAGUAUUUUUUAAAUCCCUGACAAUGCUUCCCUGCUUUUAGGAUUGAGAGAAAUGAUUUUCAUAUGCUUCCAACAUUCAGAAAUUUAAUUUUUAUGUUAGCUCCAACCUGCACGUCUAAAGUGAAGAACGACUCCAAGUCCCCCAGCGGUUGGGGAACCGGGGACUGUCGGGGGCUCGGCUGUACCUACCGACCAGGAUCGCACCUUGAGGGGCGGCCGUGAGGUGCACCUGACAUCUCUUGUUAGCAUGCACACCGUUGCUGGCAAUGCACAAGAGUUGCAUUGCCAAACAUACAUAAAAAUAAAAGCAUUCACUCUAAAAAGCAUAUUAAUUGUACUUUUUUUUAAAAGAAUAAUGCCUCCCAUAGUCACCAUUGAUUUUUCUGGAGCUUAAUUACACUAUUACCGUAUAUUACUAUUAUUAUUGGCCUAUAGAGGCAAAAGGCAAACCACAAAUAAACCCAGUGACAUAUAGUUUUAAAAUCUACAAUUUUUCUGAUCUCUCUCUCCUUGUUUAAUAUAUAAGCCCUAAUUUCUGUGUACGUGAGUAAAACUGCAGCCUGAGUCAUUUAGGAAGUAAGCAUUGAGUUGUUGUUUUGGGGUUUUUUUUUAUUAUAAAUAUACUAGAAUAAAACAGCACUCCCUAACAAUUAAAAAAAAAAGAGUUUUAUAUUACUUUAGAAUGUAAUAGGUUUUUGUCCUUAUUUUAUGUCCUGUAAAUUAUUAGUUGAAUACUGUUAGCAUUCCCUGAUAAUGCACACAUGAUUUCUGAAUGUUUUCUGUAAAUGACAAUCAAUGUUUAUGAAGUUCCCUCCUUUAAUGCUGAACAAAAUUAAAAGAAGAAAAAGAUGAAAA